GUUACAAUUUGACAUUAGCAUUCCCCGAAAGUUCAACGCUUGCGUUUAACGUACGAAGUGAAGUUUGGUCUGAUACCCUGCUCGAACGAUAUCGGAAAAAUGUCGUGGUUCAGAUCGGCGGUGAACAAAGCGGUGGAAGUUGGGAACAAAAACAACCUCACUCGCACCGUCAAAAACUACGCCGACAGCGUCGUCCAACAGGCCGGCCACGCCGUCGUUGAGGGUGCCAAAAUCCUCCAGGAUCGCAUUGCAAAUAGAAACUUCAAAAGCUUUAAACAGACUGUUAGAAGAUUGGAAGAAGCUUCUGUUUCCUGUAGGGGACCAGAAAGAAUUCAGUUAAUGAAGAGAUGGUUGGCAGUACUCAAAGAGAUUGAAAAGUUAUCUGAAAAUCCCAUUGAAGAUAAGGAGAAAAAUAAUGAAGAGCAUCAUCCAUCUGAAGAGCCAAAAAGUCCAAGAAGUCCACGAAAACAAUCUAUGGUUUUAUAUUAUGACUCCGAGAUGGGUGGUGCACCAAUGAAUUUUCGUGAUGUUUUCCUUUACAGUCAAGCUUUGGAGGGCAUAUCAAUAUGUAUGAUUCUUGAAGCACCAAAUGAAGAGGAAGUUUCUCUCCUUCUUGAAUUGUUUGGUCUUUGCCUUACUGGAGGAAAAGAAGUUCACAAUGCAAUAGUCAGCAGUAUACAGGAUCUUUCAAAAGCAUUUACAGGAUACAAUGAUGAAGUACUGGCAAAGAGAGAGGAACUCCUCCAGUUUGCUGAAGGAGCUAUCACAGGGUUGAAAAUUAAUGCGGAUCUUGGAAGAAUUGAUGCUGAGGUCUCCAUGCUGAAGAAGAGACUGGAUGAGAUAAGAGAAAAGAAAGAAUCUUUUGGUGAAGUUCAUGAAACAAUUUCCAAAGAGACUGCCCCCACCAUAGAGGCUUUGAAGGAAGCACUUGCACUUAUCCGAGUCUGUUCAAGAUUAGAAGCACUUCUACUGAAGAAGAAAACUCUUAAAUUUGGAGAUUCCCCUGAAAUUCAUGCUCAAAAGGUUGACAAGUUGAAAGUCUUAUCUGAAUCUCUUGUCAGCUCCAGCUCAAAAUCUGAGAAGAAGAUCUCUGACCACAGAGUUCAGAAAGAGGAAGCAUUAAGAUUUCGUGUUUCCAAGUCUGGUGAAGUCAGUGAAUUAGAGAAGGAAAUAACAGCUGAGAUUACUGCACUGGAGAAGCAGAGAGAUGAACUUGAAGCACAAUUGAAACAGGUGAAUAUCUCCUUGGUUGCAGCUAAUGGACGCCUUCAAAAUGUUAGAGAGGAGAGGGACCAGUUCUAUGAUGCUAAUGAUCAGAUUGUUGCCCAUUUGAAAACUAAGGAAGAUGAACUAUCAAAGUCCAUAAGCUCAUGUAGAGUGGAAGCAGAUAUUCUUACUGCAUGGACCAAUUUUUUGGAAGAUACUUGGGCUCUUCAGUGCGCUUAUAUGGAGACUAAAGACAAAUUGGCCAAUGAUGAACUGGAAAGGCAUGAAGAUUAUUUUGUGAACUUGAUCAUUGAACUCCUCUCUGCUUAUGAGAGAGAACUGAAGCCUUCUAUUGAUCGUAUAGGGAAAUAUGUGGAGAACUUGAGGAGUUUUGACAAAAGGUCAGUGGUGGCAUCUGGUGCGGAUCAUGAUGAUUCCAAGGUGUUGACCCCACGAAAAAAUCUUGAGGAGGAAUACCUGGAUUAUGAAGCCAAGAUUAUAACCACCUUCAGCGUGGUGGAUAACAUGAGGGAGCAGUACUAUGCUCACCAAGGGAAAAUCUCCAGGAAAAAUGAUUCAAAAGUUCAGGAACUUUUCGACAGUAUUGAAAAGUUGAGAGCAGAAUUUGAAUCAAUUGAGAGACCAAUUCUUGAAAUGGAGACUCCAGGCCAAGAAGCAGAGACUUCACAUGGUGAAAGGCCACAAGAAAAUGUGAUAACUCCUGCAGGGGAGGUGAAAGAGAUUCCUGAAGCCAGGGAAAAGGAGCAAAAUGAACCUUCUGCAACUAAUGUUCAGAAGAAAGAACCAUCAGCUGCCAAACCAGAGGAGUCUCUAGACCCCAACACAGAAUUUGCCAAAUUGGAGUCUGAAUUUGGCACAGUCAAUGUGGAUAACUCGGCAGAAGAGGUUGGUGACUGGGAAUUUGAUGAGCUGGAAAAGGAGUUGAGAAUCGAGGACUCUGCAACCCACAAGUAGAAUUGUCACACGCUAUUUAAAAAACUUUUGUAUCCAAACUCUAAAAACAAUGAGCAGUUGUAUACUUGUGUGUAUGCUUGGGAGAAAUGAUUCCUAGGCUCAAGGUUCAAACAAUUAGGCCUGGGAAUUGCUUCGUGUAUUCUCUGAAAUGCUGUACCGAGUAUUCGCUUUCAUGUAAAUACUCAAUUUGGUGUAACACUGUUUUGCGUAACAAA